AUGUUUUACUGCGCGAAGAUUUUCUUGCACCUUGCCGCUACUUACGCCGUUCAUGUCAGUAUGAGAUCGCCAACCAAGUCUCCCCCACGAUCCGCGCAUUUCGUACCGCAGAAGGGUUUUUGUUCCAUAGGGGAGACGAUAGCAAACAGCUUGGUUAGCCAGAAGGCUUUUGGCCUCAGGCCAACACUUUGCUUUCUUGUGUUGUAUUGGAUUGCAUGUCUGGCGGAAAUUUUCACCAUCCUCUUAUCCUAUCCUCAGUUCGACGAAAGCCACUCCCGCUUCGUCCCAUCAAGCCACCAGACUGUCCAGGCCGUCUCCCCUUCACUAUCAUUUAUACUGUUUGUGAUCUUGACGGUCGGAGGCGGAUGGCUACGGUGUCAUUGCUAUCGCAAGCUAGGAAGCGCGUUCACUUUCGAGAUCACUCGUACGUCGGACCACGAACUUGUCACAUCGGGCGCCUACUCUAUCGUUCGCCAUCCAGCGUAUGCCGGAAUGGUGAUGGCUUUCAUAGGCAUUACGAGUAUCCAUCUAGGAGACGGCUCGUGGAUAAGGGAAAGUGGGGUGUUAAAUUCCGUGCUAGGGAUGUCCGUGGUUGCAGUCUGGAAAUUCGGUAUGCUUAUCGCUGUUCUCUCCGUGUUGAUGAGAGUGAAAAGCGAAGACGAUUUUCUGAAGAGGGAAUUUGGGGACAAGUGGGAGAAAUGGGCAAAUGACGUUCCGUAUCGCUUAGUACCAGGACUUUACUGA